UAUAGAGUCAGAACGCAAGACGGGAGGGACCUGUGCUCACAUGUAGUGAGUGCCUUGAAAGAGCAGGAGAUCUCAGCUAGCACAACCCGGACUGUUCUUAGAGGAAAUCAAGGCAAACUGUACAGACAUAAAGCAUGUCAAAAUGCUGUAUUCAGACUGCUUAGAAGACAACAAUAAAUGCGGCAUUAUUGAUGUAAUGGGUACAGGACUUUGCUAUGGUCAUUUUUUUCUACAGAUUUCUGACAGAUUGAGAACAUCUACCACUAAUUACAUCUCAAACACAUUACCUUUCAGACAGGAAGAAUCAGAAAUGGAUAUGUUUUUCCUUACAGUAGAUUGACACUGCGUUUUCUGCUUGGCAGGUUGGUAAUACUGCAAUGGUAUAAAGAAGGAAACAAGUUUGUAUGUAUCCUGCUGUGGCAAUGGAACUAAAGGUAUGGGUAGAUGGAGUACAGCGAGUUGUGUGUGGAGUCAGCGAGGAGACAACCUGUCAGGAAGUGGUGAUUGCACUCGCACAAGCUAUCGGUCAGACUGGGCGAUAUGUUCUUAUUCAGAAGCUACGAGACUCAGAACGACAGCUUGUUGCUCAUGAGCGUCCUCUGGAAUUCCUUGCCAAGUGUGGACAGUAUGCUAAUGAUGUCCAAUUCAUACUCCAGCGUACAGGCCCUAGCCUCAUUGAGAGGCCAUCUUCAGACACUGUCACCUUUCCCCCUGAAAGGACGUUAGUUAGGGCAAGUCUACCCAUGCAUCCUAAGCAGGUGAACACAGAGGUCACUAAACGGAAGGAACCUAGGAAGUCUAUGACUUUUAAUUUGGGCCCAAUUGGCCCACAUGAGCAGUUACCCAGGAACAAAUUAAAAGAGCAUAAGCAGAAUGGAAUGGACUUGAAAGUCAAAGCCAGUGGUGCUCUACCUUCAAAGGAUGAGCUCUUCAAAAUGGUGCUUCGACAGCAGGAACAGUUGCAUGCCCUGCAGUCACAAUCUGAUUCUUUUGACAUGGAACUUAAAUCCUUUGAGAAAAGCAGAGGUUCUGUGCCAGAGGAUGACAUGUUUUAUUUGGAACAAAUUAUUAAAAGGAAUGAAACAGAAAUCAGAGAGGAGGAAUUCUGGCAAAAUGAACUCCUCAUUGAGAAGGAGCGAGAUCAGGAACUGCAAAGACAUUUGAAGGACUUGAGGGUUAAGAUGGAUGACUGUGUGGAAAAACUGUAUGAACUUACCACCAAAACUGAGAGCUUAGAAAGGGAAAUCCUUCAGGAGAGCUCCAGAAGGACAAAGGGAAAAUCACGCUUAGGACUUGUUGAUUCAGAAGAGACUGUAGCCAGGAUAAAGGCAGAUGUGGAAACUAAGAUCAAGCAGAGUGUGAUGCUUGAAAAAAGCUUCCUUGAAACUGAAGUAGCUCUUCAAGAAACAGAGGAACACUUACAGGCCAAGCAGCAAGAGCUAGAGGAACUGAAUAAGGAGCUUCGACAGUGUAAUCUGCAGCAGUUCAUCCUGCAGACCGGUGUUACAGUGACUGCUGUGCAGCCCAAACCAGAGGAUGAUGAGCUCCCACCACCGGCUAAACCCCAGCCACCAUCCACGCACAGAAAUGGAGGUAUCAGUGUUUCCAGCCUUGAUUCUCCCCCACGCCCAACAGCGAAGCAGUUCCUUGGGAAUCCGAGAAACUUGCAGAAUCCCUUGGUGUCCAGCCUAAAUCCAGAGGUCGUAUCAUCAAGGCAGAACACCUGAAGCUAAAAAACCCAGCAAAUGGAGGAUAAACCUAAGAGUGUAAACAUUUAUGGAGAAAUCAUAUUUUGUUUUACAUUUUUAUAUCUGUUUUUAAAUGAAACUAUGGACAGUAUAAUAUUAAUAAAAUGUUAUGUUAUUUGUAA